AUGUCCGCUCCAGAAGAGUCCUUUGAUUUCAACAGCGCCCCUGCCAAAUCUCAGCCAGCCAAAACUACUCCUUCUUCUUCUUCCUCUGGCUCCUUGUCUCCCUGCUACGUGCUCACUUGGCAGGACCCGGUGCUUACGGGCAAGAUCUUCGGUGGCAUUGUCGCUGGCCUUAUCUUGCUCAAGGUCAAUGUCAUCAGCCACGUGUUCUACUUGUUGUACCUUGGUCUUUUGGUUUCUGCUGCUGCUGAAUACGUGGGCAAGUUGGUCACCGGCCAGGGCUUUGUCACCAAAUACACCGCCCAUGCUCCCUCCUACUCCAAGAUCAUCAAUGAGUCCGUGUUGCCUGCCGUGGGCAAGUUUGCCACCUGUUUCGAGGCCAAGGUGCAGAGAAUUGUGUAUGCUCAGGAUAUCGAGUUGACCUUGAAGGCCGCCGGAGUGUCGUACAUAUUGUACUUCAUCACCUCCUUCUUGAGCUUGUACACUUUGGCCUUCGUUGGCGUUUUGGUCGCCUUCUCCUGGCCUCCUUUCUACAUCAGAAACAAGGACCAGAUAGACGCCUUGGUGGCCCACUACACCAAGCUCUUGAAGCAGAAGACUAGUGAAUUGACUUCCCAGGCCCACAAGUCGGUGGCUCCUCACUUGAACACGUUGGCCAAGAAGACCGGGCCCGUGGGUGACUUCAUCUCUUCCAAGUUCCCUACCAGAACAGCAGGCUCGACUGUGAACGCUUCUAAGGACACCUCGUAUGCCACCGGCUCCAAGGCCGACCCUGUGGCCGUCGAGAAGCCUCUUGACGGUGCUGGCUCUGCCGCUCCUACUGCCCACGCUACCGGCUCUUCUUUCCCCUCGGUGCCAUCUGCCGCUCCAACCGGUGUUGUCGCUGAGGACGUCGAGCCUGCUUCCAACACUGGCGCCGAAAAGGCUACCGCCUUGUAA